AUGGUGAAGGAGACCGGAUUCUACGAGAUUCUUGGCGUUCCUCCAUCGUGCACUCCUGAUGAGCUGAAGAAGGCGUAUCGCAAAGCUGCGCUGAAAUACCACCCCGACAAGAACCCCGCUGAACCGGAAAAGUUCAAGUUGAUCUCUCAAGCUUACGAGGUACUGUCAGACCCAGAAAAACGUCGGAUCUACGAUGAAGGAGGGGAAUCAGCUAUUAGAGAAGGAUUUGCAGAUCGCGGCGGAGCGUUUUCAUCACCAUUCGACAUAUUCGAUAUGUUCUUCGGUGGGGGCCCAUUCAGAGGUCCUGGUGGUGGUCGUAGAGGGGGACCAAAGAAAGGCAAGGAUGUAGUGCACCAAUUAAGUGUCCCAUUGGAGGAGUUGUACAAUGGAGCGGUUCGAAAACUCUCUCUAGCGAAGAACGUCAUUUGCGAUAAGUGUGAAGGACGUGGAGGCAAGAAGGGAGCAGUCGAAACUUGUCAGAAUUGUCGUGGAUCGGGAAUGCAGGUUCGCGUCCAGCAGCUUGCACCUGGAAUGAUCCAGCAAAUCCAGAGCGUAUGCCAAGAAUGCGAAGGCAGUGGAGAACGCAUUAAUCCCAAAGACAGAUGCAAAAAGUGCCAAGGACGGAAGGUUGAUCUAAAUCAGUUUUAUCAAUAUUCAUCCUUCGUAAAUGUGGAUAUUUUGCGGCAGGUGGUACGUGAGAGGAAGAUUUUAGAAGUUCACAUUGAUAAGGGCAUGCGCACGGGACAGAAGAUCCCAUUUGCCGGUGAAGGGGAUCAGGAACCUGGACUGGAGCCCGGAAAUAUAGUGAUAGUCCUGGAUGAGAAGGAGCACGAAGUUUUCACACGUUCGAACGAUGACCUUAUUAUGAGGAUGAAAAUUGAUUUGGUUGAAGCGCUGUGUGGAUUGCGCCGCACUGUUCAAACGCUGGAUAGCCGCACACUUCUCAUGCAGACUGUUCCCGGUGAAGUGAUCAAGCAUGGAGAGUGUAAAUAUAUCAACGGAGAAGGAAUGCCGCAUUUGGCUUUAGGAAAGAGGAGAUCAUUCCGGAUGAUUUUGAGGAAUGUAACUUGUACGACUACGAUCCUCAAACGGAUCCGAGACGCGGUCGGAACGCCCCUGCCAAUGCCUAUGACGAAGACGACGAACAUGAGGCUGGACGCGGUGGCGUACAGUGUGCUUCGCAUUAAAACAAAAAGUCCUCGUGAAACUGGGAAAGAGGAGAUCAUUCCGGAUGAUUUUGAGGAAUGUAACUUGUACGACUACGAUCCUCAAACGGAUCCGAGACGCGGUCGGAACGCCCCUGCCAAUGCCUAUGACGAAGACGACGAACAUGAGGCUGGACGC